CUUCCACCCUGAGCCAUGUUUCAGAGUUUGAGCUCUCUGGCGCCAUCUGGUGACACAAAGGGGGAGAAGAUGACCUGCAGGAUGCUGCUGCUCUUCAUCCUGCUGCUCUUCAUCCUCACCUCCUGUGUCUGUGGAUCCUUUGUAGUGAAUGUGACACAGAGCUCCUAUCAGGCAGAGGAGAACCACAUCAUCACACUGGAAUGGGAGUUCCCCACCAACACUGAACGCUCCUCCAACUCCCUGAAUGUCCUCUGUCAACUGUUUACUCUUGUCAGGCCCUUCAUCCUGUUUCACCUACAUGAAGGAGUCCAUGUCCCAAAGUCUCAGGAUGAACACUUUGCAGGACGAGUCCAGUGGGACGAAGACGUCCUCAGAGAAGGACGAGUCAGACUUCACAUGUCCAGACUCAGGACUGCUGACUCGGGUCUGUACACGUGUGACGUGCUCACAAGUUAUGGGAUGAACUCUGGGGAAUGUUGGCUCAAUGUCUCCGCCGUGAACGAGCCCAACCCUGAGACAACAAAACCGGCACCGAUGACAACUCGACCAGUGGCAGAGGGCCGGGGAAGAGUCGGCCUCUACGCCGCACUGGGACUCGUGGAGGGGCUCGUGGUGGGGCUCGUGGUGGGGCUCGUGCUGGGGCUCGUGGAGGGGCUCGUGGUGGGGCUCUUGCUGGGGCUCGUGCUGGGGCUCGUGGUGGGGCUCGUGCUGGGGCUCGUGCUGGGGCUCGUGGAGGGGCUCGUGCUGGGGCUCGUGCUGGGGCUCGUGCUGGGGCACGUGCUGGGACUCGUGGUGGGGCUCGUGGUGGCCGCCGGUAUUCGCCAUUUAUUUAAUAACGCUGUAAGGAAACCAGAGCAGCCGGACCGAGGAGGCGUGUCGCGGCGCGUGAAUGUGACGUCACUGCUGUCUGCUGCAGAAACCAAGUGA